AUGCCUUUCAAUAGAUUUGUUGAGAUUGGCCGUGUGGCCUAUGUUGCCCAUGGAGAUGAUAAAGGCAAGUUAGUUGCAAUUGUUGAUGUCAUUGAUAAAAACAGAGCUCCAGUAGAUGGACCUUGCUCAGGUGUGGGUCGCAAAGAUUUAAAUUUUAGAGCACUCCAUCUUACACAGUUUACAAUUAACAUUGGACCCUCUGCUAGGUCAGGAACAGUUAAGAAAGCUUGGGAGAAAGAAGAGAUAACAAAGAAGUGGGAGCAGUCCAUCUGGGCCAAGAAACUAGCUAGAAGGUUCAAGCUAAUGAAAGCAAAGCAGGCUCGUAAUCGCCUAAUCAACAUAGAAUAUGGUAAAUUAAGUAAAGCAGAGCGCAAAGCCCCAGCUAGGCCCAAGAAACUUAAAAAGAAGAAGACUGCCAAGAAGUUAAAAGUCAGAGUUUCACAUGCUAAGCAGGCUCUCAAAGAGGCAUUCAAAGGGUUUGAUUAG